AUGCCGCCCAUCUCCCUCCUCCCCCUCCUCCUCCUCCUCCUCCUCGCCGGCGCCGCGGCGGCGGCCCCGGCCCCGGCGGAGCCCCCGACCCCGACCCCGGCUCCCCCGCCUCCGCCGGCGAAGAACAAGACCAUCUACGAGCUCCUCCCGCUCUUCGGCCUCCCCGCGGGCGUCUUCCCGGCCAACGUCACCGCCUUCUCGCUCGCCGGCAACGGCAGCCUCGCCGUGGACCUCGCGGGGCCCUGCUACGUGCACUUCGAGUACCUCACCUACUUCGAGCCCCGCGUCACGGGGGUCCUCCGCUACGGCUCCCUCACCGAGCUGGAGGGCGUGCAGGUCCGCCGCUUCCUCGUCUGGUUCAGCGUCGUCCGCGUCAAGGUCGACCUGCCCCCGCCCCCGCGCUUCGUCUACCUCGACAUCGGCUGGAUCACCCGCAAGCUCCCCGCCGCCGACUUCCAGUCCGUCCACGCCUGCGAGGCCGGCAAGCGGCGGAGGAGGUGCCGCCUCUCCUCCGCGCUCGCCGCCGCCGCCGCCUGGUUCCAGGUCCGAUGCACUCCGCCCCGCUGCCCUCUUGAGCUGUUUGAUUGA